AUGGGAUUGUCGUACAACAUUCCAGGUUUAAAGAGUCUUACUUUACAAGAUGAUGUGGAUUUGGGAAACCUUGUUAUUCUUACCCAAUCGUUCGGGUUACAACAUGUUUGUGUGUUGGUUGAACAGCACGGAAGAUAUGUUAAGAACGAUUCCGUACGAGUAACAGCAGUCUGCUCCAUGUUGGAGGAAAAGGGAUGCACGUGGUCUGUACAUGCUCGGGUGUUGAAAGUGAAUCAAUUUUUCUACAUUCGGAAAUGGAACAGUGUGCAUAGUUGCGGUGUAUCAGUCCGGACAUCAAAUCAUCCAAUGGUUGGAUCUGAUAUAGUUGCUGACAUUAUCGCAGCUCGUGUUCGGGACAGACCACUCACACGUCCAACUGAUGUCGUCUUAGAUUUGAAAGACGAUUACGGGUUGGACGUCAACUACCGGGUUGCGUGGUUAGGGGUUGAGAAGGCAAGGGGGAAAUUGUUUGGCGCGCAUUCUGUAUCAUUCGACCAACUGCGUUGGCAUCGUGAAGCCGUCAUGCAAUAUAAUCCUGGGAGUUAUGUUGACUUCGAUUACGAUGAACACAACUACCGUUUCCGCCGUUUUUUUAUAUCAUUUAAAGCAUACAUUGAUGGUUUCCUUCAUUAUCGUCCAUUACUUUUCCUCGACGGAACCUUCUUGAAAGGCAGGUUCAAAGGGUUUCUGCUAACUGCCACCGCGAAGGACGGUUUGUUCCCACUUGUUUAUGCCAUUGUGGGCUCUGAAAACAAUGCGAAUUGGGGAUGGUUCUUACAACAUCUUGCCAACGUGGUACCCAGUGAGAGGACAAUCACUUUCGUGUCUGACCAAAACGUGGGACUCAUAGAAGCAAUUCCUAUAUUUUUCCCCACAUCUCACCACGCAUUCUACCUCCAACAUUUACAAAGAAAUCUGCGGGAUAGACUACGGUAUGUGAACAGCAAGUAUCGGAUUGGACUGGUCAGCAAAUUUCGUAAGUGCCCAUACGCACCCACCAUAACAACAUUUAACCAAAAGGCUGACGAAUUUCAAAAAUCUGGAAAAACCAUUGCUACGAAAUUCCUUGCGGAUGCACAUCCACAACACUGGGCGAACGCGUUUUUCAAAGGUAGAAGAUACGGCGAAAUAAGCUCUAACGCCGCCGAGUCAUUCAAUUCUUGGAUUCGAGAAGCACGGUAUUUACCAAUCACCAGAAUGGUUGACAGCAUCAGGGGUCAGAUUAUGCGACAAAUGUCGAAGCGGAGGGUAUCAGCCCACACAUGGACUGGCACAAUUUGUCCCAAGAUGGAAUCCCGGCUGGAAGAAGAUUAUAACAAAAGUCGGGCAUGGAAAAUGCGAAAAAGCGGAAAAAACCUUGACGACAUAGUCGUACCUUGGUACCAUGUGUUCGAAUACCGUCUGACGUAUGCACCCACCAUCUACCCAAUACCAACUGUGGAAAAACCACCAUUCAGCCCCACCGACUACAUCAUUUACCCACCAAAUGUCAAACAUCCGCCUGGGAGGCCGAAAAAGAAGAGAAUACCGUCUAAAAGUGAGAAUGUGCAACAAAUACGGUGUGAAAGGUGUAGUUAUAUGGGAAACCACAAUAGGAAGACUUGCAAAGAACCCAUUUAG